CCAUUGGAUUGCCGGCAUGCGCCUCAGUAUACAAAGAUCAAGCAAGGAGUGCACACGUGUUUUUGCAUUGAUAACAUAGUUAACUCUAUUUCUACAGAAGUAUUGAUAAAUAAAAAUAUUCAAAAAUGAGAAGAGGAAUGACAUUGAUUCCAAGAUUAUUCUCCCACUGGUGGGAGACAUUGGAACAUCCACACCGGUUAUUGGAUCAGCAUUUUGGCAGAGGAUUACGACCGGAUCAGCUUUUUUCAUCAGCGUUUGAAAGACCAGCAUUUAGAUCAUUUCCAUAUAGUUUCUAUCGACCAUGGAUUGAAUGGGAACGAGAUAACGAAGAAUGUGGUUGGUCUAUAAUGAAAAAUGAUAAAGACAGAUUUCGAGUAAUUCUCGAUGUACAGCAGUUCAAGCCAGAAGAAGUCAAUGUAAAAGUGGUUGACAAUUUCAUUGUUGUAGAGGGCAAACAUGAAGACAAGGCAGACGAUCACGGCCUGAUUUCCAGACAUUUCAUUCGAAAAUAUUUAGUACCAGAUCAAUGUGAUCCUGAAAAGGCUACAAGUACUUUGUCUUCAGAUGGUAUUUUAACGAUAACAGCACCAUUAAGACCAGAGGCUGCAGAAAGUAAACGAGAAAAAACAAUUAAAAUCGAGCAAACAGGAAAGGCGAUGGAAGAUGACGAACCUCAAAAAAUAAAGCAAAAACAGUAGAAAUUUUGUUCCUAUUGUAGUGUGUAACGUAUAUUCCAUUUUAUUAGUGAGCAUAUAUGAGCGUUAUAUAUAUUUAUAAAAUUAUCUUUUUUGUAGGAUUGUAUGAUAAGUGUGUAUGAAUAAACAUGUACAUAUUAUAAAAGUUCA